AUGUGGUGCCGGCGCCUUCUGUCACCGCAGGCACAUGAAGUCAUAGCCUUCAGCUGCCACGAAGAUAAGCGACGCCUGCAUUUGGCUGGUCUGUUGGACGCAGAUGCGGAAGACCUCAAGUGGCUGGAUGUUCAGCGCCGCUUUGACCGCUCAGGGUCGCCACCAAGCUUACAGGCGGUCGUUGCUGGAGCUCUGGGAUGUUGGAUGGACAAGCGGCUUCAGACAUCAGACUGGGACACAAGGCCGCUGAGUGCGGAGCAGAAAGUUUACGCAGCCCUUGAUGCUUCUGUCCUGCUCCGCCUCUAUGGCUGCCAGCCUUCGCCAAGGUUUUGGCAGCUAGCGGCCCCGCAUCCGCGACCCGCAACCGACGUAGAUGCACCUGAAGAUGCGAAAGAUCGCUGGCAUCAGUACCGCAGGCAUGCUAGUCGCAAGCGUCAGCGGAUCUUCACCGGAGGGGCGCGGGAGCAGAAUGCUGAUUUAUGCUUCCUGCUACCAUCCAAUCUCACCCGACUCAUGAGGAAGAUGCGCGGCUUGGGUCUUGACACGGAGAUCAUGAAGGAAGGGGCAGCUCGAGCAGAGCUGGUGGAGCAGGCUGAGAUGGACGACAGGAUCAUUCUUUUCUACAAGGCCAAGAACCCGCUGCCAGCUCGCGUUGCACACAGGACGUACAUUCUGGAGAGCACUACGCCAGACGAGCAGCUGCGAGAUGUUAUUGAGACCUUUGACGUCGUUGUGGACUCCGACUGCUUGUGUGGGCGAUGUGUGCAGUGCAAUGCCUGGGACUGGCAGCUGGUCGGACGCGAAGCUGUGCGAGGCAACCCACAGGUUGCCGAGAAAACUCUGGAAAGCUUCGAUGAAUUCUGGGUUUGUGGCGGAUGCGGCAAGAUAUACUGGGAGGGCAAGAUGUUCGUGCAGGCCCUGGGGCAUUUCCGCGGCUUUAUGCCAGAUACAAAAGCUGAGGCCAGCCAGAGCUUACAGCCAACCAGCAGAUCUCAUCCCGAGGAUCAGCUUGCUAUGCGCUCGCAGGAGUUUGAGGCCCUGGGUUGGAGCUCCUACCGCGUGCGAGCUGCUAUGGUUCGCAAUGGCUGGUGGAGCACGGAGAGGGCCUUAGACAACGAGGCCGAGGAGCCUGCAGAUGAAAAGAGCAGCGCCGCACUGGACACACCUGCACCUGCCACUUCUGGCUACAGUGGGGCCCGCACUGCACUUCCCCGGUUACGCGCCCUGCCAGGACCGGCCGUCAGCAGAUCCAUGCCCGCCCGCCCCAGCAGGGCAUCUGGCAGCAAAGAAGGUCUCCUCUUGCCCAGAGGCUGUCGCUUGCUCAAUGCAUGGCGCAGCCAACCCGCUGCACCAGGGUGCCAUUUCAGAGAAAGGUCCUGGCAAAGUGGGCUUGCGAAUUUCGAGCUCAUGCAGGUAUGGCGCAUGGUACCUUUGGUCAGUGACUGCCUGUGCUGA